GCUCACCUGGCAGCAUUCUAGAUAAGCUGCAGCAUCUUUGAUACAUUGGCUGUCUUUGGCUGUCAGUUUACCAUCAGCUUAUCAUCUUAGCUGUCAGGAUGGGUGGCUGCUGGUCAUGGGUGAACUGUAGGGAUAAAGAUGAAGAGGGGGCACAGACUGGUCAUCCCAGAAAUCUGGCCCAUGUUGCUCCAUGUCCUGGGGGAUCCAUGUUGCACCAUGUUCUGGGGGACCCUCUGGGGGAAGAGCCCAAUGAGGCAACCUUGGUGCCAGGACCCCUUCCAGGACUUCAUGUCCCCACUGACAUUCUGGGGAAAGAGCUCAAUGAGGAAACUUUAAUGCUAGGAUCCCUUCCAGAACCUCGCGUCCCCACAGAUAUUCUGGAGCAAGAGCUCAAUGAGGAAAUGUUGGUGCCAAGAUCCCUUCCAGGACCUUGCAUCACCAAUGACAUUCUGGGGGAAGAGCCCAAUGAAGCAACCUUGGUGCCAGGACUCCUUCCAGGACUUCGUGUACCCACUGACAUUUUGGGGAAAGAGCUCAAUGAAGCAACCUCAGUGCCAGGAUCCCUUUCAGGACCUCGCAUUUCCACUGAUAUUCUGGAGGAAAUGCUCAAUGAGGAAACCUCAAUGCCAGGAUCUCUUCCAGGACCUCGCGUCCAUACUGAUAUUCUGGAGGGAGAACUCAAUGAGGCAACUUCAGUGCCAGGAUCCCUUCCAGGACCUCACAUCACCAAUGACAUUCUGGGGGAAGAGGUCAAUGAGGAAACCUCAGUGCCAGGUCCUUCCAUCCCCACUGGCACUCCAAAGGAAGCAGCUUUUGUGUCAGAGCCCUUACCAGAGCCUUCCACUGCUGACAAUUAUCUUGAGCAAGAAGUAGAAAUCCUCACAGGAUUACAGCAUGACUAUGUCCAGCGGCAAAUGAGGGUUCGCCACAUUUCCCAGCAGUUCCCUCGUUCUCUCCGGGCCAUCAACCUGCAAAUUGGACACACACAGACAAGGCUCAUCUGCAGUGAAGUUUGGCUGCAAUGGUGGGUAAAGGAAGGUGACCAAGCUCUGAUGCCUGUAAUUCAGACAGCUUCUUAUGAUGUUCCUGAAGGCCCUGCUGCAUGUCUCUGCCCCCCUGGGUCCAGUUCAUUAUUAUCUUCUGCCUCGCUGGAAGUUGGCUCCAAUCCACCCUCCACCUCCACCUCUUCUUUUCUCCUGCAUCCCUCUCCCCCUCCUCCUCCUUCCCCACCUCCUCUAGAGCCGGACCUCAGCAAUGUAAAGAAACUCUGUAGAGUUUGAUGGAUUUGCAGUUCCAUCAGCUGAAUGACCGCCAAAGAGUCCUCCGCAGCUGCCAGGAAUGUUUGCAAAACCUCAAGGCACUGAAGGGACAGCUCUGGAGACUGCGGAGCAGACUGGCAAGGGUGGAAGCCACUAUGGGGAUCCUGGUUCCUCCAAGGGAGUUGGAUGUUGAUGAGGAAAAAGAGAAAGACAAAAACCAGACAGUGCUUCAUACAUAGGUAGCAAUAAAAUGCUGCAUAUUUAUUUUAAAAAUAUUAAACAUUUGUUUUAAUAGGAUAGGAUGUAGAGAUAAAACAGCAAUAUAACAUGCAUAUUUACUGCUUAAAAAUUAAAAAGUUGGU